UAUGUUAUGAGGACCACGAGGGGUGCGCCCACCCACUGAGACAAUAAGACUGAUAUAAUGGAAGCUCACCAAGGCCAGUUGGACUGGAACUGAUGGAGCAUGUGAUCAAACUGGAUUCUCUGAAUGUGGCUGACCAUGGAGGCUGACGGAGAAGCCAAGGACAAUGGCACUGGGUUUUGAUUCUACUGCAUGUACGGCUUUGUGGGAGCCUAGUCUUUGAAUGCUCACCUUCUUAGACCUGGAUGGAGGGGGAAGACCUUGGACUUCCCAAAGGGCAGGGAACCCUGACUGCUCUUUGGACUGAAGAGGGAGGCGGAGGUGUAGUGGGAGGAGGUCAGACUAAAGGGAAUCCCAAGUGGAUCCAAUCUGUUCCCAUUUGGGAACGCUCACCCUGGAUAGACAAUGAAGAAGGAUAUCAGUUAUUAAUCAACAGGAAAGGACCACGCCUCAUCACCUCCCACCUUCCCUUCCAUAUUUUUCCCAGGUCUUUCUUCAGUUCCAAUGCGAAGAUGAUCUAUGUCAUCAGAAAUCCCAGAGAUGUACUUGUGUCUGGUUAUUUUUUCUGGUGUAAGACAAAUCUUGUUAAGAAUCCAGAGUCACUGAGUACUUACUUUGAAUGGUUCCUCAAAGGAAAUGUGGCAUAUGGAUCAUGGUUUGAACAUACUUGUGCCUGGAUGUCAAUGAGAAAAAUGGACAACUUUUUGCUACUGAGCUAUGAAGACAUGAAAAAAGACACAAGGAAAAUCAUAGAGAAGAUCUGUGACUUCCUAGGAAAGAAAUUAGAGCCAGAUGAACUCGAUAUGGUCCUCAAGUACAGCUCCUUCCAAGCAAUGAAAGAAAAUAAAAUGUCCAAUUUUAGCCUCAUCACGGAAGAUGAGGUUACUAAUGGAUUGGUCCUCUUGAGAAAAGGCAUGACUGGGGACUGGAAGAAUCACUUUACAAUAGCCCAAGCUGAAGAUUUCAAUAAGAAAUUCCAAGAGAAAAUGGCUGGUUUCCCUCCAGGGUUGUUCCCAUGGGAAUAAGUUCUUAAAACUUUUAAAUAAUGUAUGGACAGUGGAAUUUAUCUUCCUGUUGUACAUGUGAAUGACUGAGUGUGGUCAUAUAAUAAAUAAUGUUACUGUA